UAAAAUGCACAAAACCGAACUACAAAUCCCAUACACCAGAGGGAGUUGGCUGUUUUCAGAGUGCAGGGGAGUCCUUUCAGCAACAGUCUUUCCUAAUCGUGUUCUCAGAUGGCAGCACAAACGUACUUUGUUGCUAGUGUCUUCAGCGUUGUAGUUUAGUACCUCUUUAAAUUAGAAAACGCGUCUCGCUUCCUAAAGUGCAGUAAGUGUUGUUUCUGUGCUGAGAUCAUCGGCUACGGCUGGUCGGUAACUCUGAUUAGCCACAUUAGCCAGCAGCAACCAUUAGAUUUACGGCUUAUAUGCGCGGUUAACCUGGUAAAUUGACUAAAUCUUUAGGUGCUGGUAGGUUAUAAUGUCUCGGUUAACUCAGCCGUUGUGAGUGUUGAUAUUCCCACGUUGUUAUUGGGAUCUUAGAGCAGAGAAGGUAUUGUUUGGCUUGUGCACAUCAGCAUUAUAGCCAUAGGUUCGGCCUGUGUUUAUUGUUUUUGGAGGUAGAAAACGCAGAACUUGUUGUGGGUCGCUCGACUGUUUUAUAUCAAACUUAGCUUCGUAAACAGAAGCAUCGGCUGUCGAAUUAAGAUCCCCUCAAAAAACCAAACGAAGCAGAAUGGCGCAACACGACUCCUCUCAUGUCGCCAGCUCACAGAAAGCUCUCAUGCUGGAGAUGAAGAGCCUCCAGGAGGAGCCUGUGGAGGGAUUCAAAAUCACUCUCGUGGACGAAGCUGAUUUAUACAACUGGGAAGUGGCCAUUUUUGGACCACCAAACACUCAUUAUGAAGGGGGGUACUUUAAGGCUCGCAUCAAGUUUCCUAUAGACUAUCCAUACUCCCCACCAACAUUUCGCUUCCUCACCAAAAUGUGGCAUCCCAACAUCUAUGAGAAUGGAGACGUGUGCAUUUCUAUUCUGCAUCCACCAGUGGAUGACCCACAGAGUGGAGAGCUGCCCUCAGAGAGAUGGAACCCCACCCAGAAUGUCCGGACUAUUCUGCUGAGCGUGAUCUCGCUGCUGAAUGAACCCAACACCUUUUCCCCCGCCAACGUGGACGCCUCUGUCAUGUACCGCAAAUGGAGAGACAGCAAAGGAAAAGACAGGGAAUAUGUAGAAAUCAUCAGGAAACAGGUGAUGGCCACCAAAGCUGAAGCUGAGCGCGAUGGUGUGAAAGUUCCCACCACGCUGGCGGAGUACUGCGUCCGCACACGUGCGCCAGCCCCCGACGAGGGCUCGGACCUCUUCUACGACGAUUACUAUGAUGACGACACCAUGGAGGGCGGGGAUGGCGACUGCUGCUACGACGAGGACGAUUCAGGAAACGAGGAGUUGUGACAUGCUUUUUGACUGAACGCCCAGUCCGGCUAUGCUCCUCCUUUUUCCCUUCCGGGGUAGCGAGAUGUUCUAGGUUUAACACCAAGGAAGACUGGAAUCUUCCCUUCUCUAAACGGAUAAGAGCUUUUUUUCUCGUGCCUCUGUUUUUUUCCCCGUCUCAGAGGUUAAAACAAAAGACUCUGUAAAAAUGUGGGACCUGGUAAGAUUUGCACCAGCACAUACGUUAGCAGUUUCUUCAGUUUGGCCACCUCAGACUUUACCAUGAAGGAUAGUUAAAUGCUCACCAAAUCUUUUUCACUCACUGUAGGCUUUAAUGGGGUGGAAACUCUCUUAAACAUUAGUCAGCCUCUUUUGCAUAUUUGUUUUUCCUAAAUUGUAAGUGAAUUUUGAUCUCCGUGAUGGAAAACGAAGGACUUCAGGCUUGUACUAGGAAAAGCACUGCAGAGAUCCAGUAUUUUUCACCUUUUACAGCAUCCCAUUACAUGCACCAAGACACAAUAAACUUGCCACGUGACAGUAUUUUCUAAGUUUCUGUGCAUGCCAGAACAUCUUUGCAAGCUUUUAGUCUCUUGUAACGGCGGACAGUUUUCCCACCGCAUCAUGAUUUGUCCUAGCAAAAAAACCGCUGCGGCGUUGAAGUGACUCUGUGGCGAAGAAGCAGAUGGGCACGUCAGCGGGGUCCAUACCACGUGGACAUUUUUGAUCUUGUGGUUUUUUUCUGGUUUAGUGUUGAAUGUGUUUCUCUGUCACUCUGGGUGUGUCUUUUUUUUUUUUUUUUUAAACAACCUCGAAUUAAGGGGAGAUUGAAAAGUGUUUGAGUUGGUGGGGGAUUUGAAAUGUUUUUGAGCUCUCGAAGUGUGGGGCCGUUUUUGAAAAAGCAACAAUUGUUUUGUUAACUAAUCAUACUUGGAGUAAAGGUUUGAAUCGUAGUCAAAAUACUUGAUUGCUAUUUUAAAGACAUCCAGUUGUAAACACAGUAUCACUCCGAAACACCUGAUGGACCCAAAGAGCUAAAGCAGCAUUAUAAAGACUCCAAAACCUAUGAAAAAUGAUGUAGUUCUGUUGGUUUGGUUGAAAUUCAUUAUAAUUUAUUUUUCUUUUAAAUUCCUUCAUAGUUUACCUGAAUGGUGUCACCUGUGAGAUUAUUAGGUAAAAUCAUGCACGUAGUCUGAUUCUAGAUUCUUGACGUUUUUCUGCGCCGCAAAUGAAAAUGUUAAGAAAUAAUGAUCCUCUUUAUUUUAAUUUUCUUCUCUGUUUUGUUGGGUGAUUCUGGACGGGUGUUGGUGUUUUUCUGAGAGUAUGGAUGGUGUUUUUUGAUUUAGUUUUUUUCCAAUCUGCAGUAUUGAUAACUUUAAUGUCUGAAGUAAGUUUAGUAAAUAAAUUAAAUUUCUCAGGAUAAAAAUUCAUUUGAAACAACUGUUGAGGCAAGCAAUUAAUUUCCAAUAUGCAGAUGUAGCUGUAUGAAUGAUUAAAGUGUUUUAUUCACAUGUCUCUUUUUUCCCCCCCAGCUAUUUAAAAUAAAGAUUUAUUUCAAAGAAA